UUUUGGAAGCUCGUCAAACAGAUCAUCAAAUUGGGUCAUCAGAUAUUUGACAACCAACAUGAAAAAACGGCGAAAUUUGAUUCAAAGAGCGAGAAUUUACAUUGUCUUCCUCUUCGAAGAAAAACCAUUGCAGUUUCGGUCGAGAUUGAUUGAGGAGACGAAGCCCUUGCCUCAAAUUAGUUUGACAUGAAAUUCACUUGCGUUCUCGUUGUUUUGGCGCUCGUAGCCUUCCUGGCAUCAUUUAGUUCCGAAGCUAAACGAGCUAAAAAGGGAGAAGCGUUUAUGAUAAAACAAAUCUCUAACAAGCUCAAAGCAGUUUGCCCCAACCAGAAGAAAAAUCUCAAACAAGUUUUGUCCAUUGUAAGUUCCGUUGACUUGACUCUUCGCUUCACUCAUAGCAGAAUUGGUGCAAUUGACUUGGCAACAAAACAACUGAGGAAAGCGAACACAAAGAUUUUCCAGCGCUUGACCAAGUUAGACCGUAAACUGACCACCAUUACAAAGAUGAUGAGAAAGGCGAUUAACGGAGACAAACCUAAAUCAGUGACGAUCUGCGAAACCAAGAAAACUACCAUAACUUGCAAGAAAGGGAAGAAAAUGAACAUCCUGCAUGCAAAUUAUGGUCGACUCAACAAAAACACGUGUGGCAAGUCUACAGUGACCAAUUGCCGUGCCUCCACGUCACUUGGCAUUGUGCAGAAAACGUGCAAAGGGAAAGUCAGUUGUGCACUGCAUGCGAGUAAAAGCGUGUUUGGUGAUCCGUGCCGAGGAGUCAGAAAAUAUCUUACUGUGAAGUACAAGUGUGAAUGAGCACUAGGUUCACCAGGCCAUCUCAGCCUCGCAGUUCACUCAGGGGAAACUGAAUGUACUGUAAUUCUACAUUGCUUGAUGCUCAGAUGAAUAAAAG